AAUGUAAAAGUAUUAAAAGUAAAAAGCACACUAUUGACCGAAAAGUGGACUCCAGUCCGCUAGAUGGCAGUAAAACGCGAUAAUUAAUAAAUGCCUUCCGCUUCGACGGAAACUGCUGACGCUGAGAAGCAAACAUGUCGGAGUACGUGUCUGUCCAGAAAAGCUCUUUAAAACUAAAAGGAGUCUCUCUGGCAAGUAGAAAAAAGAAGAAGAAGGACAAGGAAAGGAAACAUUUAGAGGAGCAGUUGUUAACCACUCAAAAUGAAGAGGGAACUAAGAAAGGAUAUGUUGACAAGAGAACACCAGCUCAGAUGGCAUUUGACAAACUACAAGAGAAAAGGCAAAUGGAGAGAAUUUUGAAGAAAGCCUCUAAAACACACAAGAGAAGAGUUGAGGAUUUCAACAGACAUCUGGACACAUUAACGGAGCAUUAUGACAUUCCCAAAGUCAGCUGGACAAAAUAAAAUCAAAAUCUAUGGCUUUACUAUGGAUCUAGUUCCUGGUGGAGUAAAAGUAGCCGCCUCAGUGUUGCCAAUAGGGUUGCAAAAUUCUGGGAAUUUUCAAAGUUGGAAACUUUCCAUGAGAAUUAAUGGGAAUAAACUGGAAAUUUGCAAAAUUGCAAGUUAGCCUAUAAUAGGGAACUUAAAUGUAGUUGGAAAAAAAAAAAAAAAACAUCUUGCAGCAUAAUGGUUUAAAUAACCAGAUUUAAUGCAAAUUCAGUUGAAUUUCUACCCUGCGCAUCCCUCAAUCACAUGCACACAGCACACUACUUACUGCAGGCUACUUACUACAGCAGGACUAUUGAAGCCACACUACUGUGUUUGAGCACAAGGACUACAUUCAGUCAAAACAAUGCCACAUGCGCCAUCUGAUGUGUGGAUACAUUUCACCUCAGCCAAUGUAGAAGGAAAGGCUGUGUACAUUUGCAGAUGCUGUGCAAAGACCUAUGUUAAGAAUGCCACAAAGAUGCUGCAGCAUAUAGCCAAGUGCCCAAAGUUUUUUCCAAUAUUUCCAAAAUUCACCAGCUUAACUUCCCAUGGAAAGUUUCUGGAAAUUUACCGGACAUUUUCCGCCUCUUUGCAACCCUAGUUGCCAUACAUCCUUUUUUUGCCUACUCGCUAUGAAUUAAUGUGACAUCAACUCAGUUUAAAUGUGAUUUGUGAUUUACUUUGUGAUUCUUAAUAGAUUUCCACAGGUUGAGUGUAUAGGAAAACUGUUCACCAUUGAUUGGUAGCUUGAUUUUUUUUUAAUGUUUUUUUCUUUUUUUUUUUUUUAGUAAGCCUCCAAAUAUGUGCAUGCAAGCUGUGUAUUUUGUAAAUGUAAGUUAUUUUAAAGUAACUGUUUCAGGUUUUCUUCUUUAAACCCCUUUUAAAGUUAAUGCAAGACUACAUUUUAUUUGUGGAAUGCUAUUUUUGGUGCAUUGCUUGCUUGCUGUAAUGCUAAUUGUUCCUGUGUUUUCUAAGACCUCUGUUACCAAAUACUUCCCAAGUAUUUUAUAUGUUCUUGGUAUUCCUUAAGAUUUUUUGAAUGGUUUAUAAUGGUAUACACCGAUCAGCCGCAGCAUUAAAACCACCUGCCUUAUAUUGUGUAGGUCCCCCUCA